CGCUGCAGAGGUGUACGUCAAGUUGUAGGACUUAUUAUGUAGUGAAUGCGUGUUUCUACUUUCUACUUUCUAUCGGUUGAUACGAUCUUCCAACUCAAACCUCAAUUACGAGGAUAAAACAGCUUAGAUGAAGUUGGAAAAAUGCAGGCCACACCUACUCCUUGAAACAUUCUCUUGUGGCACGCGCUCACACACAUGACAAAACACAGCAGACCAGCUGUUGCGACAAGAGGACUGGCGGCUCUUGAGAUAACAUCGGCUGAAAGUUCCUAGCCAGGCCACUUUGUUGAGCAAGAACCGGAAAUACCUGCGUUUCCUCAACCCUUUAUCAUUUGGAUCUUGGUACUUCAAUGGGGGCAUACUCCCUCCGUUCCAUGAAAAAUGCAAAUCUAGUUGUUUCGGACAGAUUAAUGUUAUUGACAAAUGGUCAUGCUACAGCAACUGAACAUAUUGCAUUCAAAUAACUAUACGGUAAUUUAGGCAUGGAAGAUGUUCAAUUGCUAUUACAGCAUGCAAAUAAUUAAAUUCUAAAAAUGUAUUUGAAAAAAUAAGACUGGUAGUUGUUCCUAGGAUUGCACUCUUUGUGCGAUUUUUUAAACUCAGAAUUGCACUCUUCAUGCGAUGGAGGGAAUAUGUUCGGUCAGAGGAAUUAAUUGGUGAAUCGACCAUGCAUCUAAUCUUAACACUGAACGUAGUACAUAUUGUUUGAACCUAAGGCAGCAAGUUUUAAUCAUUUUGAGUUACUGGGUCGACAAAGAUGAUAAAAUAAAUUAGUAUGAUAUUCCACAUAAUUAACAUGGGAGGAUAAAUGGUUAAGAAUGACAUACUAGCGUAAUUAACAAUGUGACCUAGAAACCAACUUGCAUUCUUAUCUGAACCUGUGUUCCUUUCAGGUUGGGAAUUACCGCUGGCUAUGCUUUUUUUGAAACGAAACCGCUGGCUAUGCUUCGGUUAUGGACUGUUUCUUCAUUUGUUGGUGUAUCACUUUCAAGGAUGAAAUGGAACCACGGGAUUAACGUGUCUUUCCAAUAAAACAAAACUAUCUAUUUGUUGCAAAGUAAGUGGAAAGGAUCAGCAAAGUGUUAAAAAUUCUCUUGACUCUUUCUAAUUUGACCAAGACAAUACACGACCUUCAAACAUGUGUAUAAAUAACUGCCCUAAUGGCACACAUCAACAACAAACAUCACAGAAAACAUGGGACUCAAUUCUUCAUCACGUGGCCCUCUGGCCUCGGCACUACUGCUUUGCUUUUGCAUGCUGUUUCUGGGAGUACAUGGAGGAUCUCGCAGGCUUUAUAUCGUCUACCUAGGAGAUGUGAAACAUGGACACCCGGAUGAUGUCAUCGCUUCGCACCAUGAUCUUCUCAGCAAUGUUCUUGGAAGCAUGGAGGAUUCUAUGGCUUCCAUGAUUCACAACUACAAGCAUGGCUUCUCAGGCUUCGCAGCCAUGCUUACUGAAGACCAAGCUAAGCAGCUUGCAGACUUCCCGGAUGUCAUCAGUGUCCAACCCAGCAGAAGGCUCAAGGUGGCGACCACUCGAAGCUGGGACUUCCUCGACCUGAACUACCAAAUGCCCAAUGACCUGCUCAACAAAGGCAGAUAUGGAGAGGACGUAAUCAUCGGAGUUGUUGAUACAGGUAUCUGGCCGGAGUCGAGAAGCUUCAGCGAUGAAGGGUACGGGCCCGUGCCGUCCCGGUGGAGAGGAAAGUGCCAAGUCGGUCAGGGCUGGGACCGCAACAACUGUAGCCGCAAGAUCAUCGGCGCACGGUUCUACACCGGCGGGAAGGACGAGGAGGAGCUCAAGAAGUCCGACUACCUCUCACCCAGGGACGCGCACAGCCACGGCACGCACACGGCCUCCACCGCAGCAGGCUCUGUCGUGGAGGGUGCCAGCUUCCAUGGCCUCGCCGCGGGCGUCGCGCGAGGCGGCGCGCCCCACGCUCGCAUCGCCGUCUAUAAAAUCGCCUGGCGGACUGCCAGCGGCGGAACUACUGGCAACGACGCCGCACUGCUCGCGGCGAUGGACGAUGCGAUACACGAUGGAGUGGACAUCCUCUCCCUCUCACUCCAAUUGGUGGAGAACUCGUUCGGCGCCCUACACAUGGUUCAGAAGGGGAUCACUGUCGUGUACGCGGCCGGGAACGACGGGCCUAGUCCGCAGACUCUUGGGAACACGUCUCCGUGGGUCAUCACCGUCGCGGCGAGCAAAAUCGAUCGGUCGUUUCCGACCGUGAUCACGCUGGGUAACAAGCAACAGAUUGUGGGACAAUCUCUCUACUACCAAGGGAAGAACUCAUCCAGGAGCAUUUUCAGAAGUCUUGUAGAUGGAGGCCAAUGCACGGCGGAUGAUCUAAACGGUACCGUUGUGAAAGGGAAAAUUGUGCUUUGUGCAACACCAAAUUCACCAACGGAGGAAGGACCGCGUGCAGUACUCAGAGAAGCGUUUCAAAACGUCCGAGAAGGAGGGGGCUCUGGUCUAAUUUUUGUUCAAUAUACGACUGAUAUUCUCGAAGAAUUUGUAAGCAUGCCAUGUGUCCUUGUGGACAUUGACACUGGUAAAAAAAUCAGAAAAUACAUCAACGCGGGCAGCUCUCCUGUGGCAAAGAUUGAACCAGCCCGAAGCAUUACAGGUAAAGACAUCCUGGCACCAAAAGUGGCAUCAUUCUCGUCGAGAGGUCCAUCACCCGACUACGCUGAUAUCAUUAAGCCUGACAUAGCUGCCCCUGGAGCCAACAUCUUAGCAGCAAUGGGAGACUCCUAUAGGCUUGCGUCGGGGACAUCAAUGGCUACCCCUCACGUUACUGGCAUCAUCGCGCUGCUGAAAGCUCUGCAUCCAAGUUGGUCUCCUGCUGCACUAAAAUCCGCCAUCGUCACCACAGCAUCUGUAACUGAUGAACACGGCAUGCCUAUACUGGCGGAAGGAUUGCCUCGAAAGAUCGCCGACCCAUUUGACUAUGGAGGUGGGCACAUCAACCCGAACAGAGCAGCUGAUCCUGGCUUGAUUUAUGACAUCGAUCCGAAUGAUUACAACCACUUCUUUAGUUGCACUGUCACGAAGACUUCUGCAAGCUGCAACGAAACAUAUGUACCAGGGUACUUCCUGAACCUGCCAUCCAUCUCGGUUCCAAACCUGAGGUAUCCAGUCAGCGUAUCGAGAACGGUCACAAAUGUGGGCGAGGUUGAUGCAGUCUACCACGUUGCAAUAGAGAGCCCAGCUGGAGUCAAGAUCGAAGUUGAGCCGUCUGUUCUUGUAUUCAAUGCUGCAAACAAAGUUCAUACAUUUCUGGUCAAGAUAUCACCUUUGUGGAGGUUACAAGGGGAUUACACAUUUGGCAGCAUUACUUGGUACAAUGGUGAAAAGACAGUGCGAAUUCCAAUAGCAGCCCGGAUCAUAAUUCAUGAUUUCUUUGCGGAUGUGGCAUAACUAGGGUUAAAUAUGCAGGCGACAUCAUACUGUUUUUUUAAGAGAAGACAUCAUACUGUUCUUGUACUUUUUGAAGGAACUAUCAUAUAUUUUGAAUUUUGAGCACUGCACUUAGAACAAAAAUAAGAGAUACCAAGUUCCAUUAUGACUUUACUUGUAUAACUUUCCUUCUUGUUGGAAUCAGACAAACAGCCAUCAUUAUUGUGCAUGCUAAAUUUGAAUAAAGUUAUGUGUGCUAUGCAGUCCUAAUAAGUAAUAUAUAUGUCAAAACACAGUUGUUCCCCUACAA